GAGGCGACGACAGGGCAAAUUCCAGCCGUUCAGACGCCUGUUUGGGAAGAGGAAGAAGAAGGCAGCAGAGCAGGUCUUCAAUACAGCAGAGCUGAAGGCUAGCUUCUCCACAGGGGAAGUGUCUAACGGAGUCAUCUCAGAUGAUGAGGAGACCAAUCAACAUCUGAGGGAGCUGAACUCCAUUGGGUCUCAAGCCCUCUCCCACGACAGUGUGUUUAUCCCAGAAGAAGCAGUACAGGAGCUCAGCCCAGAACAAACCAUGUCCCAGGAAAACGUCUCCGAUAAAGUCAGGAACUUGCAGCGGCAGAUAGCACAGAAUAUCAAGUUUGGCCAGAAGCACCCCUCUCUGAGGAAGAGUGAGGGAGACGAGGGCAGCUCGGAUGAAGAGGAGGUGCCCAAUAGCCCUCUGAGGGUCUUAGCCCAAGUGGAGGCUGAGCCAGUGGACACAGAGCCAAAGGGGGCCAGUCAGGACCAAGAGGCCGGUGAGAGCCAUGGAGCUCCCCAGGCUGAAGCCCCCAGCACUCCAGUGAAAUCUUCCAGGUCCAAACAAGUUCUUCCAGCCAUCGGCACCAUUGAGUCCAUCGACCUGGAUGAAGUCUCACAGUCUGUCCCUCGGCUGGACAACACCGCUGCCAAGCAUAAGCUGUCUGUCAAACCCAAAAACCAGAGGAUCUCCCGCAAGCACCACCGGUAUACACAGGAUCUGCAAGAGGUGGAUAUCCCUGGCAUACAGCAGGAGGAGAAAGAUGCAGCAGACAGCCAAUACAGGAACGCUGAGGAGGAGACACCCCCAGAGAAAACCAAGAAGCAGAAACUGCAGGAGGAGGAGAGAUGGGAGUCCAGGAGAAAGAGAGAACUGGCGGAACAGAGGCACAGAGAGGAAGAGGAAGAUAGGAAGAAGAAAGCAGAGGAGUGGCGGCUGUGUGAGUUAGAGGAGGAGCGAUGUUGCGAACAAGAGGAGGGACGUAUACUUAAAAAGGAGGAGGAAAGGAGGCAGAGAGAGGAGAUGGAGAGGAGGAUGAAAGAAGAAGAGGAGAGGAGGCAGAGAGAGGAGAUGGAGAGGAGGAUGAAAGAAGAAGAAGAGAGGAGGCAGAGAGAGGAGAUGGAGAGGAGGAUGAAAGAAGAAGAGGAGAGGAGGCAGAGAGAGGAGAUGGAGAGGAGGAUGAAAGAAGAAGAAGAGAGGAGGCAGAGAGAGGAGAUGGAGAGGAGGAUGAAAGAAGAAGAGGAGAGGAGGCAGAGAGAGGAGAUGGAGAGGAGGAUGAAAGAAGAAGAGGAGAGGAGGCAGAGAGAGGAGAUGGAGAGGAGGAUGAAAGAAGAAGAGGAGAGGAGGCAGAGAGAGGAGAUGGAGAGGAGGAUGAAAGAAGAAGAGGAGAGGAGGCAGAGAGCGGAGAUGGAGAGGAGGAUGAAAGAAGAAGAAAGGAUAGAGAAAGAAGAAGAAAGAAGGAUGAGAGAGGAUUUGGAGCUUAUGCAACGAGAGGAGAAGGAGAGGACAUUGGAGGAAGAGGAGAAAGAGGAAGAGGAAAGGAGUAGGAAAGAAGAAGAGGAGAGGAAGCAGUGUGAACUGGAGGCAGAGCGUCUUCGUGUAGAUGAGGAAAAGAGACUAAAAGAGGCAGAAGAGGAGGAGAGAAUGACAAAGCAGGUGAAGAAAAAGAGAAAACUGCUUGCAGAGGAGGAGAGGAAGAAAAAUGAGGAGGAGGAGGAGGAGAAGAGGCUGUGUGCAGAAGCGGCUGCGAGCAGCUCGGACCCUGAGAGGAAGAGGAGGGCUGAGGAGCUGCGCUGGAGAGAGAUGGAGAAGAGACAGAAGCCGUUCACCAUCAAAGGGUCCUCUGGGGAGAAGCAGAUCCUGUUCCAGAAGGUCAACCUAACGCCUGUUAUACCGGCCUCCAGUCAGCAGGGGAGCGCUGUGACUGAACACAGAGAGAGAGCCAAGGCCUCAUCGCUUGGAGGAGCUGACUCCCCCACCCUCCUGUCCUCUCAGUAUGUCCGCCACACAGCCAUCCCGGUGACAGGUGCCCAGCUAUGUGGGACUGCUGUCAACCUGGACCAUAUCAACGAAAUUGCUUGUAAGUCUCUCCUGGGUCUGGCAGAUGAAAAGAAAGCUGCCAUGGGAACCCCACCACCAACCAAGAGCAAGACCCCACCAGUACGUAAGUCUGGAAAAACCAAAUCCCUCAGUGAGCCCACAGACCAGUCCAGUGCAGCCGUUCUUGCAGAGUGGGCCAGUAUCCGCUGCAAGAUAUUUAAGGGGGCAGAGGAGGGGAAGUAUGAGGAAUACCCAGACCCCCAUAGCCAAAGCCGACCCAGCAGUGAGGACCAGAGUCCGUUCCCCCAUACCAACCUCAGGAAGACCAUGUCCGCCAGCGCCAAGUUCUCCAUCACUCCGGCCAGGAAGAAGUUUGCCGACUCCAGCAGGAACUCUGAGGUGUUGAAUCCGGAAGAGAAGGAAGGAGGAAGCCCAGCCUCUGCUCUCUCCAACACCUCCUCCAGCACCUCUGUUCCCUCUGCAGCCUCACCAGCCCCAGGCAGCAAAGCCCAGAGCAGGGAUGGUAAGACCGUCCGGAUCGCAGACGGAAAAGGGGAGUGCAUGUUUGCCAAAGACCUCCCAUCGUUCAUAGUCCCCAGGUCUUCCCAGUGGUCCCCCAGACCUGAGGGGUCAGUGACAGACGCUGUGAGCCUGGGAGGAGAAUCAGAGGACUCUGACGGCCGGGAGGAAGGGAGGGAGCAGGGCCAGCCCUCUCCGUUUGGGAUCAAGCUGAGGAGGACCAACUACUCCCUCCGCUUCCACAGUGAUCAGUCGACAGAUAAGAGGAAGAAGAGGUAUAGCGCCGGUGACAGCUUCAACGGUGUCCCCUCACCUCUGACCCCCAUUGACCCUGACUCUGACACCUCAGUUUUCUCUGAUAGAUCCAGCCCUGCGUCUCCAUUCAGAGAGAGCAUUCCCGGGGUAAAGCCUGGACAUAUGGUUGUAUCUCUUCCAAAGCCCCGGGCCAAGGCAGGCAAGUCUCCCACCCCUUCCAUGCACAGCGAGGAGGAGAAGCCUUCCAAACCCUCACUCUACCAAAGACCGAGCACAUCACCUAAACCUGCCACCCCUCCCCCCUCUCCACUCCUCAAGGUGGGCAGAGGGGGUUCAAGCGAUGCAGUGGUCCAGAGGACGAGGGUGGGGGCUGAUUCAGCUGGCCAUGAGGAGCGAGAUGAGAGGAGGGAAGAAACCUCAGCUGUGGCCCAGCUCCACAGGAACGGCCAGGGACAGGGGGGUCAGAGGGAGGAGGAGCCCAAGGAGAAGAGGUCCUUCUUCCCCUCCAUCAGUAUGCCCUGGAGGGAGAAGGCUGACAGGAAAACGGAGCUCAUCAGGAAAGAGGGGAAGCCAUCGCUGCAGAGCAGGCACUCGUUAGACAGCGUACGGGUCCAGGACAAGGAGGCGGGCCCUCCGUGGAUCACUCUGGCGCUGCAGAAACAAAAGGGCUUCAAAGAGCACCAGCAGAGCCGAGACGAGCGCCGCAGCAAUAGAGAGGCCAAACUGCCUGAGAAACAGGCCAAGGACAAAGACAGCUGUGUGUUGGUUAGUCCUUCAGAGGGUAAGGGGAGUGGAAACACCAGCCCUCCCAAAUCACAGACACCGGAAGAGGCCAAGAGACCAGACACCCUCCUGGGCUGCUUUGAGCGCCGGGACCACCUGAAGAAAGCCAACACUCUGCCCAGCACAGUCACAGUUGAGAUUGCAGACUCCACACCAUCGCCCCCUGCAGUGAAGGAGGUGACCAAGCGCUUCCCGUCCACUGACUCUCCCCAGGUGUCCACUGAGCCGGCCUGGUUAGCUCUGGCCAAGCGCAAGGCCAAGGCCUGGAGUGACUGCCCUCAGAUCAUCAAAUAACCUCCUCUCUAACCUCUACACUGCAUCAGUACUGUACACACACUGCCCAUGAACUAUGACCCCUGUCCCAAACCCUCCCGACCUCUCCUCUCUGCCCCUGCACUCUAACCUCAACCCAAGCCUCCCCCUAUUUCACCAUAACCAUGUACUUGUAUGAUUAAAAGUGUGUUUCACAUUCAUAAUAUAAACACAGUCACACAUUUACAAACACGAACACUCAGUACAAGCAUGCACUUAUACAAACACCUGAAAACACAAAGUUUAAGAUUACCUGGCUGUAUGUUAUCAACUAUAUAAUAUCUUCCAACAAGUCAAAAGAUCCUACUGUAGCCAAUCAUGGCCACUGCUGGCCUUUGCAAUAGCCAAUCCCAACCCUUACUUCCCAACAGUAGCCAAUCAAAGCACCACGGCUGUAAAUAGAUCAUGCACUUAACAUAAUACAAGAAAAAAAGCUUAUGUAUUGAAAAGAUCAAUCCCACAGGUCUGAAAAGGGAUAUAGAUUCUUCAUUCAAGGGUACUUUGGGAACAGUGUCUUAAGGGCUACCAGUAACCAAUAAACCAACAUGACAGAUGAUCACCCAGUUGUAUCACCCUUAGAACCACAAUAUUUCUGUUACCUUAUCUCAUGGGUAUUAUUUCAAGCACUGAUUUUAACAGUGAUGAAACAAUAUAUUUGUAAUCUCUGAGCCUUGUCUGCGUUGUACAAAAGCUUCUUUUUUAAAAACUUGUAUUCAAAAGCAGUACUUAGUAUAACUAUUCUCACUGUGCCCGUGAUGACUGUGACAGCUGUCUAAGAUACUAUAUUGCAGGGGAAAAAAAGAAAAAAAAAUCCCUUAACAAAGUUGUUUGAAAAUCACCGCAGUUUGUAAAAUAACACUAAAAUCUGUCAGAAUCAAAUGUCGACUUCACUGAAACACAGCACUAAAGACCAAGGUUCAAGUGGUUGAAUUGCACAGUAUUCUCACCAUUCUAAUGUGUCAUGGAUUUUGCUUUGCUAUGGAAAGAGACUACCUGCCUGCUCUAACAUCCCAUGUGCUCAAGUCACUGCUAAUGUGAUGAUCCAUAAGGCCUUUACAUGGUCCUCCAGCAUUUGGAAAGUCACAUUCUCUGAAUCCCAUCAUUGGACAAGUUAAACUCUAUCACAUCCUCUUAAUUUACCUCAAUGUGAUUUGAACCAAUCAGCCCUGCUGUAAGAACCUCUGCUGGGCUGUCUGUUGGUGACUGACAGCGUAUGGAUAUUUCUUCCAUCAUUAUUUUCCUCUCACUACUCAAUGUAAUGAUCUGUAUGUAUGGAUGUAAGUAUGGAUGUAUGUUAGAGGCGGUUUUACCAGGACAUUGGUCAGAAAAAAGCCUGCAAGGCUCAGUCAGUCACUUUGUCAUUUAUUUGUAUUAUUUUUUUUACAUUUGGUCGUGUGCAAUAGUGUAGUAUACAAAGUGGUGUAUGUAAAAAUAAUUGGGGUAAUAAUUGCACUUUUUUGUCCCACUUAAAAAAGGUAUUCAUGAGAACAUCUUUAAAGUGAUGCAAAUGUUAUGAAUUAUAAAUUAAAUACUGAUGUCUGAA